AUGCCUCAAUUAGUACCUUUUUACUUUAUGAAUUUAUUAACUGGUGGUAUUUUAGCUAUUUCAUUAUUAUUAUAUUUUGUUGCUACUUACUUAUUACCUAAUAUUUUACGUUUAUUAAUUGCACGUAAUAUUAUUAUUAAAUUAUAG